AUGCGGAGGUUCAAUCCCUUUGGGGGGAAAGUACAGACUGGAGUGGAAGGCCGCACCAUUGAUGUAAGGAAUGUGAAGAUCACAGUACGCAAUGCCAUUGCACAAGGAGGUUUCUCUUGUGUGUAUCUCGCAUGUGACGCGUUGCACUCGUCAAAGCAGUAUGCAUUGAAGCAUAUCAUUUGCAAUGACUCGGAAUCGCUUGAUCUUGUCAUGAAGGAGAUCCAGGUGAUGAAUCUCCUCAAAGGGCAUGCCAAUGUCGUCACACUGGUUGCCCAUGAUGUUUUUGACAUGGGCCGCACAAAGGAGGCAUUGCUUGUGAUGGAGUUUUGUGAGAAGUCCUUGGUGAGUGCGAUGGAGAGCAGAGGUACUGGUUACUAUGAGGAGAAGAAGGCACUUUUGAUAUUCAGAGACGUCUGCAACGCGGUUUUUGCUAUGCAUGGGCAGUCACCACCAAUUGCGCAUAGGGAUCUUAAAGCCGAAAAUGUUCUUCUUGGAUUAGAUGGUGCAUGGAAACUAUGUGACUUUGGAAGCACGUCAACAAAUCAUAAAUGCUUUGACAAGCCAGAAGAUAGGGGGAUCGAGGAAGAUAUCAUUAGGAAGCAUACGACCCCGGCAUAUAGAGCACCUGAGAUGUGGGAUCUCUACAGAAGAGAAGUUAUUAGUGAGAAGGUUGAUAUUUGGGCCCUGGGAUGUCUUCUCUAUAGAAUAUGCUACUUCAAAUCCGCGUUUGAUGGAGAGUCAAAGUUGCAGGUCCUUAAUGGCAAUUAUCGCAUUCCAGAACAACCUAAGUACAGCACCAGUGUCACAGGGCUGAUCAAAGAUAUGCUGGAAGCAUCUCCAAAUGCCAGACCAGAUAUCACACAGGUCUGGUUUCGUGUUAAUGAACUACUGCCUCUUGAGUUACAGAAGAGUUUACCUGAUGGGGCUUCAGCAGCAAUUUCUAUGGGCUUGCAGGACGAUGGUGGUUAUAAAAGAACACAUGUGACGCCUAAAAGGAACCCCCCUGCACCUCCAAGAGAACAAUCUGAUAACUCAUCAUCUCAUGGAAGUGCAAAUGCCGGAGAUGCACCUCUAGGUGCAUUUUGGGUGACCCAACAUGCACAGGGUUCUCAAGUUGCUGAUAAUAGGAAUCCCUUGUUUGACGAGGAACCAAUUAAACCAUCACCUUCAUCAAAGUAUAACCAAAGUAGGGUGGAUAUCAGCACCACUACCCCUGGAGAUAGGCAUGGUCAUUCUGGUCAGGCUUUACGAAAUACAACAAGUAACACUGUAUCCAGUAAUGGACUUAAGGGUGGUUCGGAUAUAAAUCUUUUCAUGGAACCACAAGGUUAUGUGAAAAAUAAAGCAUCACAGCCACAAAGCAAGACUAUAUCUGGGAACGAUCCCUUCAACAGUUUUGUCGCAGAUUUUGAUGCAAACAAUCUGCAUUCAGGGACUACUGCUACUGGUAAGACAUCCGAGCUUGAAGAUGAAGUGUCCAAUCUGAAGGAGCAGUUGAAGAAAACCACGUCGGAGAAGGCUGAGAUGACAGCCAAGUAUGAAAAGCUGUCGGCAAUCUGCCGCUCCCAGCGCCAAGAAAUUCAAGAGCUGAAGCGCACUGUUGCUGAGACUACACCGCUGCCUUCAAGUAAAGUCAGCUCAAGGAUACCAGAACUUGGAUCCCAGCGGAAGGAGAGGAUUGAAGGAACGGUGUGGGAACUUGAGCAAGGAAUGCUCUCAGGCAACUCCUCGGUACCCAGCUCUGAGGCCAAGACAUGGCAGGCAUUCCCUGAGGCGAAAGCUCAGGCCAGGCCAAAGGUCGACCAUGCAACCAAUGGGAGGCAAAACCUAAUACGGAACACGAAUGCGGGGCCUUCCUCUGAUGCGUGGGGUUUCGGCACAUCAUCUGGUAGCACUGCAGCAGCAGCACAGAUGAACAGAACGAAUGCCCAGGGGAGUUCCUCCCAGAGAUUGAGCACGGGGGCAGCGAAGAAAGUAGAUCAGCCAUCGGGAUGGGCCGGAUUCUAG